UCAGCUCUGUGUUGCAAUGGAACCAGCCCAGUGGCGUGACUACUACUGUAGUGAAAUGUAUACGUUCUUCUGUUGUGAUGCCGACAGGUCCAGGAGUAUCGCUGAAAGGUGUGUCUUCAAGUCGACACUCAUGUCAUGGAGUCAAGCCCAAAGCCACUGCAGAUCCCUGAACAAGGACCUGGUCACCAUUUACAGUCAGCAGGAAAACCAGCAGCUUCAAAAGCUUCCAGGUUACGUCUCGGGAUUGUCCUGGAUCGGAAUGUACCACGGUAAGGAGAACUGGCAGUGGGUCAGUGGAAAGAGGGCCAGCUAUGCCAACUGGAAGACCCAGCUCUCCUGCGCCACCAUUGGUCCAGAUGGGUACUGGACAGAUGUGAGCUGUCAUGAGCUGCACCCAUUCAUGUGUUACUCAGAGAAAAGGGCUGUGUUGAGGAUUGAGCUGAGACAGCAGAACGGACAGGAUCCCAAUGAUCCUGCAGCGAAGGAGUUCAUUUUGAAGCAGGUACAAGGGGAACUGUCAAAGCGCACUCCAAUGGGAAACACAACUCUGCAGUGGAGAGAGCAGGGUGGCAAAGUCUUCCACAAGGGGGAGAGAGACGGUCAGUGUGAGACCAAGUGAAGCCCAGCCAGCAGCUCUCAGCAGCCAGACUACCUAUUCUGGGGCUCUGGGAGCUGUGUCUCUAGUGCCCCCUGCUGGUACUAAACCAGUUUCUUCUAUGGCUCAUUUCGUUUAACUUUUUAAGAGAGAUCAUUUUUUGUUAUUCUUAUUAAUCCCUAUGAAUUCUGAUAA